AGAAUUUAGGGAUUUCGGGAUUCACAUAAUUUGAUUUGAUAACACUCUUGUGUUGUUUACUGAUAAUAAAAAAAAACGAGUUUAUUGUAUUUUGGGAUAUUGUAGGCUUGGCUUGGGUUUCUCGUGGGAAGUCAUUAUGUGUGAUGAUGUAAAUGAUGGUUGGUGGAUUAUCGACUAAGCUGUUGAACAUAUGCAUAGCUUCAUUUUGUAAAGUCCGGCUAUUGGAGAAAGCAGAAGCCAUUGUAAUCGACGGUAUAAGAUUAGGGGUGAUUCCAGAUGUGGUAACUUACAAUACUUUGGUUAGUGCAUAUUCUCGGUUUGUUAGCUUAGAUGCAGCUUAUUCUGUUAUUCAUAGAAUGAAAGAAGCUGGGAUAAGUCCAAAUGUCAUUACUUACAAUUCUUUGAUGUCCGGGGCGACCCAGAAUUGCUUACUGUCACGAUCCCUGGAUUUGUUUGAGGAAAUGUUACUAGCAGGCAUACAUCCUAAUUUAUGGAGCUACAACAUUCUGAUGCAUUGUUUCUUUAAAUUAGGAAAACCUGAUGAAGCCAACAGAGUAUUUCAGGAUAUUUUACUUAGCAAUCUUCCUCCCCACCCAGCUACGCUUAACAUAAUGAUUAAUGGCCUUUGUAACAAUGGAUACACCGAUAAUGCCCUUAUGUUAUAUAGGAAUUUGCGACGCCAUGGAUUUGUUCCCCAAUUGGUGACAUACAAUAUUCUUAUCAACUGGCUAUGCAAGACACGCAGGUUGAGACAAGCAAGGAGAAUUCUAAAGGAACUUGGGGACUCAGGCCAUGAGCCAAAUCUCAUAACCUACACUACUGUUAUGAAAUGCUGCUUUAGGUCCAACAAGUAUGACAAAGGGCUUGAGAUUAUGUCAGUUAUGAUGGGUAAAGGGUAUACUUUUGAUGGCUAUGCAUACUGCACAGUCGUUGCUGCUUUGGUUAAGACUGGGAGGGUAGAAGAGGCAAAUGCUUGCAUGGAACAGACAAUAAGGAACGGCAUUGAACUUGAUUUAGUAGCUUACAACACCUUACUCAAUAUGUAUUGUAGAGAAGGUAAGUUUGAAGCUGCCUAUAAGCUGUUGGAUGAAAUGGAGAAUGGAGGUCUGCUGUGUGACAAGUAUACCCACACAAUUAUAAUUGAUGGAUUGUGUAAGGCCGGUAAUAUUAGCGGGGCUCAAAAACAUUUACAUUAUAUGAAAAUGAUGGGCUUCCAUGAAAACUUGGUUGCCCUCAACUGCAUGAUUGAUGGCUUAUGUAAAGCUGGUCAAAUCGAUCGUGCAAUGGAAUUGUACAAAUCAAUGGAGACUAAAGAUUCAUUUACCUACACCUCCUUGGUGCACAAUCUUUGCAAGGCUGGAAGGUUUCGAUUGGCAUCCAAGCUUAUGAUGAAAUGUUUAAGACAUGGGAAGAAAAUACCCAAGGCUACCCAACGGGCUGUCUUUGAUGGUCUUUAUAGUUCAGGGUUUACAGACGAAGCAAGGAAGCUUUGGUGGAAAAUUCGAGUGGCUCGAAUAUUGCAUUAGAAACCGGCUAUGCUUUAGGUGCUGAAAAUGACAUAACCUAGAGAACUAUCCUAGUUGGAUUGGCAUAUUGGUCAGCACCAUGAAAGAGCCCCCCUUUAGCCAUAUUAUGUAAACACAGUUUUUUUGGGCUGUUAAGCCUGCUCUACCAAGCAGAGAUUAUUAAUAUUGAAGUGUAAUGUUGAAUCUGAAUGAAAGUUGACUAACUAGCCUGCAACUGCCUUGCAUUGCUAGACUGAAAGUGGUUCUGCCUAUGUGUAUGAUGGGAAGACACUACUUGUAAUAAACAAACAACUUGCCAUAUUCAUGUAUGACUGGACAAGUCCAGAAACAUUUUCUCAAAGUCAACUGUCAGCCACACUGGUUUCCUCAGUUGAUGGGCUCAAUGGUAACUGGUUAGCAUUAUUAAGAACAGUUUGGAUAAAACUCUGGACAACUACUCCUGAGAGGUAAACUUGUGUAAUGCAGCCUACUUUUCAAUUUUCAAACAGAUUGAAGCUGAGAUGCGCAGAUGCAAAGACAGAAGUUGGAUAAUGUUCACGGAGAUUCAGAUGUUAAGCUCAGAGGUUCAAACCACAUGUGUUAUUAUCCAGAUCCAGUGGUCCAAACCAAAAAUGGUCACAGGGUAGGUAGAAAGAAAAAAAAUAAAAAAUAAAAAAGAGAUGGAAAUAUGGAUUGCUGUUUAGCAGAAGAAGCAGGGGUGCCCUUCUGUGGUAUUCAUGAUGUUUUUAGGUCGUCCGGUCGAUUUAUUUAUUUAUUUCAUCAUUAAAGUAAAAAGGUUUUUCGCAAGCUGCAUUGGAUGUUAUCCUGAUAACAAUUAUUGAUGAAAAAAACUAAACCUUGAAUGAAAAUGCAAGAGAGGAGGGAUUAGUAUGACA